UCUUCCGGAGAAGCAUCCAGAAAAACAUGGUUUACACUUGUCACAGAGAAAAGAACUGUGUCAUCAACAAGGUUACGAGAAAUCGCUGCCAGUACUGCCGAUUACAGAAGUGUUUUGAAGUGGGCAUGUCUAAAGAGUCUAGCGUACAGCAGGAAGCUGGCGGCAUGACAUCACAGUACCACAAAGGAGGUUCUGAAAGGAGUUUUGGCAGAGACCUGCUGAUUCCAACUGUAAGAAAUGACCGAAACAAAAAGAAAAAGGAGACGCCAAAGCAAGAAUGCUCAGAAAGUUACACAAUGACAGCAGAAUUAGAGAAUCUAAUUGAAAAGAUUCGCAAAGCGCACCAGGAAACCUUCCCUUCUCUGUGCCAGCUGGGGAAAUAUACUACAAAUUCCAGUGCUGACCAUAGGGUACGGCUUGACCUGGGUUUGUGGGACAAAUUCAGUGAACUUGCUACAAAGUGCAUUAUCAAAAUAGUGGAAUUCGCUAAACGGUUGCCUGGCUUCACAAGUUUGACCAUUGCAGAUCAGAUCACACUUCUCAAAGCUGCCUGCUUGGACAUCUUGAUUCUCCGGAUCUGCACCCGAUACACACCAGAGCAAGACACGAUGACCUUCUCCGAUGGCCUUACGUUGAACAGGACUCAGAUGCACAAUGCAGGUUUUGGGCCCCUGACAGACCUUGUCUUUACAUUUGCCAAGCAACUCCUGCCACUGGAAAUGGACGACACUGAAACUGGCCUCCUGAGUGCCAUCUGCUUGAUCUGUGGGGAUCGGCAAGAUCUGGAAGAUGCCGGAAAAGUGGACAAAUUGCAAGAACCACUUCUAGAAGCUUUAAAGAUUUACAUACGCAAAAGAAGACCGAAUAAGCCCCAUAUGUUCCCAAAGAUAUUAAUGAAAAUCACAGAUCUCCGGAGCAUAAGUGCAAAAGGUGCAGAACGUGUCAUCACACUUAAAUUGGAGAUCCCCGGAUCAAUGCCGCCCCUCAUUCAAGAAAUGCUGGAAAACUCGGAAGGGCAUGAUCCCCUGGCACCUGCAGCAGACACUAGCACAGAAAGUCAUGGGCGAAGCAGUGGAGCACAAGAAGCCAGUCCCAAUCCCACUCUGUCUCCCAGCACUGCAGGCAAUGGACCAAACAGCAAUGUACCAAACACACAGUGAAAUGGCCCUGCAGUGAUCGCCUCCAUUCCCGAACAUGGUGUUUUCAUUUUUUUCCUUUUUUACUUUGGACAAGCAAGACCCGAAGGACCAGGCCGAUGACAAUAAAUUCACCAUUAAACAUUGACCGCAAUGGACUUUGGAGUAUGGGAAUACUGAGAAAUAAACAGUGUUCGUCAAGUUCCGCCCUCAGAGAUUAUAUGCAGUCAGUUCAAAGGCAGAUACCUGGUAAAGUCCGUCUGUAUAUCCGCUGUUGCAUGCCGGGAAGAAGGUGUGGAAAUGGUGACAAACUCUGAUUAUUACAUUAUUUUGCAGAGUUAUUCCUCGAUGUUUACUCACUUUCUAUGCUGGAGUUUCUGGUGCUUUCUCAUUGCCUUGCAUAUCAUGUUUAAAUACAUACACCAAAUGAUGGAACAAAGCCUAAACACGUAUGUCAGGUGAUUUAUGGUUGUAGGAUUCUCUGAUUCAUUCUUAAUGUUACUGUUGUAUUUUCCUGCAUUUCUUAUUCAGAAUAGCCUGAAGGCUGGAAUUUUACCCUCAGUGCACCAGCAUUCAAUUUUGUCAAAUAAACAAGGACAUAUUUCCACCUUCUUUUGCAAUGGAAAAGAGAGUUCGAUAUUUUAAUUUUUUUAAAUGCUAUCAUUAUGUGUCGCUGGUAUUUGUUACCCACCGACACACAGUUAGCCUACACUACCAUGUUCUUUAUAUGAGUGUUUACACUUCACAAGCACUUAAAUAACAGAUUUUUUAAAGAAAAGAGAAAGCAAUUCUCUGCAGACACUAAGUCAGAACAUGAUAUUUUUGCAGUAGGGUUCAUCCAUUGCUCAUUGACUUUGUACUAGCAUCCAAAGCUAGUAAAAUAUGUUUUUUUAUUAUUACAGCUGUGCAAAUUCAUUUCACGUUCAACAUCAGAUCAAGGCGUAAAGUAAAAUGCUGCAUGUUGUUUGCAGUAAAGAUAGCCUCCAAGGCACAACACUUUUCAGUGUUAUUUUGUUGUUUUAUUUGCUUGUACAUGAGCCAGUAAGUAAAUUUCACCUGGUGGCUGACGCACAUUAUAUCUCUCUGCAGAAGCGUGUAACUAUUGUAGAUUUGUUCUUGAGUACAGUAAUUUGAGUUUAUUGAAUCAUUCUUGUGUCUAAAGCACUAGUGGGAUGUUGUUUUUUAGUAUUAGGACUGCUCUUACUUUUACUGGCUCUGUUUGUACAUUGAAAUUGUUUAACAAUGCUUUCUAUGUUCAUAUACUGGUUAUCUUUUCCAUUAAGUUUCCUGGCAAAAGAAUAAAGUAUAUUUAUUUUA